CAACUGUCACACGUCUUAAAAUCAGCAAUGUUUUUUCAGGGAAAUGCAGUCAUGGAGGCAUAUUUGAUAAAAGCCGCCAUCAAAGUGCAAAAGGUGGAAUCAAUAAAGACACUACUUCUUUUCUCUUCUCUCCUCACAAUUAUCUUCAUGAGGAUGCUGCUCACCUUGCCACUCUUGCAACUGUUGCCACACUUGAGGAUCUGUGGAAUGCAGUAGGAAAUGAAGCCUUUCUCAUGCUUUUAAAUGUCCUUCACCACAUGGUACUUUGCUUUGUGAUUGAUACCACUGGCAGCAUGUUUGAAGAAAUUGAUGCAGCACGUCAACGAGCCAUUUCAGUCAUCCAGGAGAGAAAGGGGCUGUACCUGAAACAUUUCUUUAUGUCCUGGUUCCUUUUCAUGACCCAGCUGGUGUCCCAAGUUAGAAUUGGAGGUUACCUUGCACUUAAUGCUGCUGAGCUAAUCUACAGCUCGAAGAGACCUUAUACUGCUGUAAGUUACUUCAGAGUUCAGAUCGUGCAAUAUUUUUUUAUUCAAGGAGGUGCUGAACCUGAGAUGUGUCUAUCAGCCAUUAAGUUGGCACUGGAAAAUACCCCGCCACUCUCUGAGAUCUUUGUCUUCACUGAUGCUUCUCCUAAAGAUAUUAAUCUUCAAAGUAUUAUUGAAGCCUUAAUAAUUCAAAAAGGAUCAAAGGUAACAUUUCUUCUCACAGAGGACCCCUCAAGAAAUCGAAAAAAAAGAAGAGCACUUGUGCCUCCUAAUCGUUUUUCAGUGUACACUAAACUUGCUGCUCUUUCUGGAGGACUCAGUUUAUUUACAACAAAUAAAGAGAUUCUGCCCGUGUCCUCAGUCAUCCAAGACAACACUGCAUAUGCCAAG